AUGACUUAUGCUGAGGCUGUUUUCGUGGUUGCAGACAAGAUUAUCUUAAUGGCUGCAGUUUUUGUGAUUCCCAAAUUCAAAUCGGGAGAAGCACGCCACGGAUCGGAUGUUCGCAGCGUCGCUUGGCAUCCGUAUAUGUCCUUGAUUAUGUCCGGAAGUAAAGACGCCCAACAGCCAAUCAAACUGUGGGAACCGAAAACUGGCGAAUCAAUUGCCACCCUUUAUGUCCACAAAAACACCUGCACAGAUGUGGCCUGGAACCAGAAUGGCAAUUGGUUCCUGACCGCUUCGCGUGAUCACUUGAUCAAGCUUUUUGAUCUCCGCUACAUGAAGACAGAGAUGCAAACCUUCCGUGGACACAAAAGAGACGUUAUGCGCGUUGCUUGGCAUCCCUGUCAUGAGAGUCUCUUCGCUAGUGGCAGUGCAGAUGGAACCAUUCUCUUCUGGAAUGUGGGAACCGACACCGAAUUGGGCGCUAUCGAUGAUGCUCACGAAAGUAUGAUCUGGAGCUUGGCCUGGCAUCCUCUUGGUCAUAUCCUGGUUUCCGGAGCCAACGAUUUUGCCACGUAA